UUGCCCACCACCGGCUCUGUGUGGCUGGGUCUCGCCUUGGCAGCGGGGAGCCUGUGCUGUAUGAGGACAACACUGACCCUCCAACAGAGAGAAGUGGCCCCAGUCCUUUCCGCUCUUGGGACCGUCUUCCCCGAAGCGUGACGGGCAGUGCUAGGACCCGGCAGAAACCUUCACCCCCAGCCUGGGCAGCUGCGGAGACGCCUCCCCGCAACGCCCCGAGAAGCUGGAGGAGCCCCCGCCCCCGCCCCCGCCUGCAGGGCGCUGCGGGAAUCCCGCCGGCUGAGGCGCCCUGGGAGCUGCUGCAGCCGCCUCGCGGGAAGCAGCUGGUGCUGGAAGAUGACGAGCCGCAGCCUCCUGCCGCUUCUCCUCGGCACCCUGGGGGCUCUGUGCUAUCAUAAAGCAUAUGGAAUCUCUGUCAAAACGGACAAUCAGCACGUUACAGCAAAGGAGUUUCAGGAGGCUAUGCUUAGCUGUAAGUACUCAGCUGGAAAGGGUAUUAUUCCAAGAGUAGAAUGGAAGAAACUCACAACCCACGAUGUCUCAUUUGUGUACUACAAAGGUGACUUAGUAGGUGAUCUGAAAGGCCGAGCAGAGAUGAUAGAUUCAAGCAUACGAAUUAGAAAUGUGACCAGAAAAGAUUCUGCGAGAUACCGUUGUGAAGUUAGUGCGCCGACUGAACGGGGACAAAAUCUGGCAGAGACUAUUAUUACUCUCACAGUGUUGGUGGCCUCGGCAGCUCCAUCAUGUGAAGUGCCCAGCUCAGCAAUGAGUGGAACAGUAGUACAACUGAGUUGUAAAGAAAAUGAAGGGUCUCCUGCUUCUGAGUACAAGUGGUAUAGGAAUGGUGUUGCUUUACUGGAAAAUACAGGAACAGGCAGUGCUAAAAGAGGAAACAUUUCUUACACCAUGAAUAAAAAGACUGGAACAUUGCUAUUUAACACAGUUUCAAAGAAGGACACUGGAGAGUAUUACUGUGAAGCCUCUAAUGGAAUUGGACUUCCUCAAAAAUGCUCUGUGAAGCGAAUGCAAGUUGAUGACCUUAAUAUAAGUGGAAUCAUAGCUGCUGUAGUAGUUGUGGCUCUGGUAAUGGCAUUAUGUGGCCUUGGGGUAUUUUAUGCACAAAAAAAAGGUUACUUUUCAAAAGAAAGCUCUUCUCAGAAGAAGAGUUCUGACUAUAAAUAUACCCCAAGUGAAAAGGAUUUCAAGCACACCAAGUCCUUUGUUAUUUAGAAGAUUUCAGCCUCUUUGAGGGACACGCAGUGAUACAAAAUAUUAAAGGGAUUUUUUUUUAACUUCUGCAAAUAUUUGGAUUUGUUUUGAGAUGGCAUACACUGAAAGCAGAGUUUAUUGAAAUGUCUAGGAUCCGAUGUUACAAACCUAAUCAUGGACUGUACAACUGUUCAUAUUAAAAUACCAUUAAUUCUCUAAUUUAAGGAUA